AUGUGGGACGAAAAUAGUGAUAAUGAUGAAGGCUUUUUUGUCAGUGAUGAAUAUUUCACGAAGUUUGAUUUGCCCUUGAGUAUUUAUGGCCUCAAAACUCUUGAAGCUCUGAAGUUGUUCUCUUGCAAUUUUGACGCCUCUAUGUUCAAGAGUUUUGGUUCUCUAAGGCAUCUUUCUUUGGGGCGGAUCGAGUUGUCGUCAUCUUCGCUUAAGGCUUUAGUCGAAAACUGCGCGGUUUUGGAGAGUUUGAGCCUCAAGAGGUGUUGGAACACAGGGGUUAUUGAGAUCAAAGGGGCGAGUUUGAGGCUUGAGAGUUUGAGCAUAGAUAAGUGCCAUGUCAUUCACAGUUGGAUAACGAUUGAGGCGCCUAAUUUAAGGUUUUUCAAGUAUUGUGGCGAAUUUUGCACUUUCGAACUUAAUUCGACCGGGCGGAUCGACGAGGUUGUUCUUGAUUUCGGGCUUCAGUCGGAAUUCGGAGAAGUUGGUCCUCUUCUUUCCGAGCUGUUUCGCGAUUUUUAUGCUGCCAAGGUUUUGACAGUUUGUAGUUUUAUCCUUCAGGCCAUUCCCACAAGUGAAGAACCUUUGGGAUUGAAGCCUUGUUUGCAUGUCAAACACUUGAUCUUGAAGACUGCAAUGCAUGAAAAUGAACUUUAUGGGGUCAGAUUUUUCCUCAAUAGUUGCCCAUAUUUGGAGACUCUUACUAUUGAUAUUGACCCUGCUAAGAGAAUUUUCGAGGUGAGUAUACAAAAUCUCAUUAACUUUUUGCUUAAUUAA